AGCAACUCCUUAGCCGUUCAUUCUGCGUGUUCGUGUUACAUUGCGUUGAUGCUUUGUGCCUCAUAGCUCAUACGGCCUAGCCAAUACUAAAAACAGGCGCAGUCUUCUAUUAACCGCUAGAGCCGGAUGCUAAAUUAGGCCAAGUACAAAUGCAGUGCCUUGAACGCAGCACCACGAACAUGAAGGCUUCAAGCUCCCGGUCCAUUGCGGAUUCCCGACCCGCUACUGCUCGCGGCUGCCGUGUUGCCGCCGUUAGCAGGGCCGCAGCCGUUCGCGUACAAUGCACGCUCCAAGAAGCACGACCAGCCGUCAACAACGGCGUUCCCGUGGGUGUGCCCAAGGGUGCCGUCCCCAACCGGCCCAUCCUUGAAGUCCCCGACUGGGAGAGCCACUACCGGCGCCACACGGCGCGUCAAACCCAACCUACGCCAGCUUCCCUUAGCCGGCUACGCCUCUUCUCUGGCACCUCCAACCCGAUCCUGGCAGGCGAGGUGGCGCACUACCUGGGCAUGGAGCUGGGCAAGAUCAAGUGCAAGCGGUUCGCGGACGGGGAGAUCUACGUGCAGAUACAGGAAUCCAUCCGCGGCUGCGACGUCUUCCUCAUCCAGCCCACCUGCCCGCCCGUCAACGACCACCUCAUGGAGCUGCUCAUCACCAUCGACGCCUGCCGCCGCGCCUCCGCGCGCUCCAUCACCGCCGUCGUGCCCUACUACGGCUACGCGCGCGCCGACCGCAAGGUGCAGGGCCGCGAGUCCAUCGCCGCCAAGCUCACCGCCAACCUCAUCACGGAGGCGGGGGCGGACCGCGUGCUGGCCAUCGACCUGCACUCGGGGCAGUGCGUGGGGUACUUUGACAUCCCCGUGGAUCACGUGUACGGCGAGACGGUUAUCCUGGACUACCUGGCCUCCAAGCGCAUCGCCACGGGGGACCUGGUGGUGGUGUCGCCGGAUGUGGGCGGCGUGGCUCGUGCUCGCGCGUUUGCCAAGAAGCUCAACGACGCGCCGCUGGCCAUUGUGGACAAGCGCCGGUCGGCGCACAACGUAUCCGAGGUGAUGAACCUGAUCGGAGACGUCCGCGGCAAGGUGGCGGUGCUGGUGGAUGACAUGAUCGACACCGCCGGCACCAUCACCAAUGCGGCCAAGGUGCUCGCCAAGGAGGGGGCCCGGGAGGUGUACGCGUGCGCCACGCACGCCGUCUUCUCUCCGCCUGCGGUGGAGCGGCUGUCCAGCGGGGUGUUCCAGGAGGUGAUUGUGACCAACACCAUCCCGGUGGCGCCGGAGAAUGUAUUCCCGCAGCUGACCAUCUUGUCGGUGGCCAACCUGCUGGGGGAGACCAUUUGGCGCGUGUACAAUGCGGCGUCGGUGCAGGCGCUGCGGGAUUGAGGCGGGGCAGGGCAGGAUUGGG